AUGGGACAAUACCAGACGAGUGCAGCCCAGCAGAAUGGUCAUGCCUCUAGGAGAAAGUUGGGAAGCAGUUCGGGCGCAUCGUCGCAAUUCUCGCUCUCCUGCUUUACCUGGAAUUGCGCAGGGCUAAGCACCGUACAGGACGAACUGUUCACCUGGCUAGAAGAGAACCCGCACGACAUCAUUUUCCUGCAAGAAACUUGGCACAGGCAGCAGAUGGAUUUUGACACACGUGGGUAUCAUUGCAUCGGCUCCGGCAUCGGCACGGAGGCUAAGCGAGCCCACGCAGGAGUCAUGACGUUGUUGCGCACAUCGGUUUUCCCGCAGGAGUUCAUCAGAUAUCAUGAACAUGUCGCAGGGCGUCUCCUUCAAGUGCGUGCUUGGUGUGCAGGUGGGUGGAUAGACACCAUUAACAUGUACCAAUACGCACUGGGCGGUCAGAACGAACAGGCUGCGAUCCUUCAGAAGCGAGCUUCAUUAUGGACGACCUUGCGACGCACCCUGGGUCAGAUCCCACAGAGCAGCACCCUCAUCUCAGCCGGAGACUACAACUGCACACUAGAACAGUUGAAGCAUCAUGCAGGCCCGGGCAUGCUGGCACCGAACACUCCCAGUCCGGAUGCAGAGGACCUUGUUGCCAUCAUGCAAGACUUUUCACUGCUUGCCACGAACACUUAUGGUAGGAAGAACAGCUUUACCUACGUUCAUGAAGGCUACAAGCCAGCGUUGCGAGAUGGAGAGCUGGAGGACGGCACCUCCCAGGCCAUCAAGGAGCAGCCGCACCUCGCCAACGACUUCGUGCAGCAGGUUGGCGCGGCACUACAGGAG